UUAAUAAGAAAUGGAAAAAAAACUUUAGAGGUUAUCUUGAACAUAAAUAGUCUUUCAUGCUAAAUUAACUAUUUUAAAUAAUUUACUACCAUUAAGACGAUUUGAAACUGAAGGAACAUAAAUACGCUGAGAAAUAUUAAAUAUUACCAUAAAUAAUACAAAACAUGAUACCAUUCAGGAAUAUCAAACCGAGAUAUUUCACGCGAAGUUUAUUGAAUGGAAUUGAAAAGUCAAAUCAUUUAAUUAGAGUUUUAAAUUUGUGUAGUUAUUCUAACACCCCUCCGUAUUCUGAUUCUGGUAACGAAAUCGAUAAGGAUAUUUCGCAGGAAAAAUUAAGUGGUUUCGCAAAAGCCUUUGAAAAACAAUCUCAAAUUCUGGAGAAUCCGGAACAAGAAAAAAGUUAUACUUUCGCUUCAUUACUUCGGAAUUCAAAAUUAAUGGAUUUGGGGGAUCCAGUGGGAAAAACCGUAAUAGGAAAAAUAUUUCAUGUUGUAGAAGAUGACUUAUAUAUAGAUUUUGGAUGGAAAUUUCAUUGUGUUUGUACAAGACCAAAUUUGAGAGGUGAAGAAUACGUCAGGGGCACUAGAGUUCGGAUACAAAUUAAUGAUUUAGAAUUAUCAUCUCGUUUCUUAGGAUCGAGCACAGAUCUUACACUUCUAGAGGCAGACUGUAAAUUACUUGGUAUUAUAUCUACUCCCACUAAACCAGCUGUAAGUGUUAAUUAAAUGAACAAGUUGUUAAAUAUAGUAAUUUGUUUUUGUUUAGUUUUCGUUAAAAUAGUAAACAGAUUUUUAAUGUAAUAAUAAAUAAAAUUGGUA